AGCAAACAGUUCCUAGCCGGACAUGCAAUGAGAUGCACACUUAAACAUGGCGGCCAACAUAGAGCAAAUUUUCCAAGAUUUUAUAUUGAAUAAGAUCAGAGAAAUCGAAGACCAGAAUGAAGACAAAAUUGCAGCUGAAGGAUCAGGUGAUGUUAAUAAUAUGGCUGAAGCAGAAAAAGCCCCUUCAGAAAGAAACAUACCAAAAGAAUUAAAGGCUGGUGGGUCACAGAAGAAACACAGGAAGCACAAAAAACACAAGAGUAAGAAGAAGAGAAGGAACCGAGAGAAGGAGAGCAGUUCAGAGUCUGGAGCAGAGCUGGAGGAAGGAACCAAACACCAGCCAAGAGGAGGAUCGCCCACAGAGCUGAACAAGGAGCGAGGUGAGGUUGACGAGAGCAAGUCCAUAUGCAACAAGCGCUACUCAACAGAAAAGAGGAAGAAGAAGAAGAGAAGGAGGAAAGGAGAAGAGAACUCAUCAGAUUGCAAAACAGAAUUUGUUUUAAAGCAGAGGGAAAGUAAGAGUGGUCAGUGCUCAUUGCCAAGGCGGCGGGAGGACCUGCCUGAUAUCAUCCCGAAACAGGACAGCUCCAAUAAAGGAGGAGGCGAUGAGAAGAGACGCAGCAGAAGAAGAAUUCGUUCCUGUUCCCGUUCCCGUUCACAUUCCCGUUCACAUUCAUGUUUGGUGAGGAGGAACUCCAAACCCAGAAACCACCCCCGAAGAUCCAGGACCCGGUCCAGCUCUUCAGACAAGCGGGGAACUCUGGAUGAAUCCACCCAAAGUCCUUCUGAAGGCCUCCAGCUAUCUCAGGUCAUCGCAGCCGAGGAGCUGCCAGAGUCCCGCACAGAGCCACAGAGCCAAGACCAGAGAGCAAAGCCCCUGCAGAACCAAGAGAACUCGGCACCAAGACUAGCUGCAGGUUCUGUCGCACCCCAGUCAAUCCUCAAACAGUCCAUCUCAACUGAACCGGACCAGAACACUGAGCCCAGCCCGCCUCAGCUCAGAGCAUCAAACUGCACCAGGUCGUCUGACUCUAAUGUCAAAUCCCCAGCAAACAAGAGGAAGAAGUCCCCACAAAGGAAAAAAGAAGCAAAGAGACCGCGACAAAAGUCACCGUGUCGGAGCCACCGAAGGGGAUCCAGAUCCAGGAGUCAUUCAAAGAAGAAGAGGUCACGGUCCAGGUCAGGGGGUCGGCGCUCGCGGAGGUCACGCUCAAGGUCGGCGUCACAUGGUCGGAGGAGGCCCACAUACAGCCAGAGGGACCGCUGGAAACGGGAGCCAAGUCACUCUCCUGUACUCAUCCUCCGCAAAAAUAGAUCCCCCACUCGGAAACUCUGCAGUUUGAGUAACAGCCCUCAGCGCGUCAGUGAACUGGAUAAGGACCAGUUGCUGGAAAUUGCCAAGGCCAACGCUGCUGCCAUGUGUGCUAAAGCAGGGAUGCCCAUCCCUGCCAGCCUCAGGUCCACAGUGCUUCCCCUGGUUCUGCCAAGUGUGGCCAUGAAUGCUGCCAUGGCCAGUAUGACGGCUGCCACCAUGACAGCAGCAUUGUCUAACAUGGGCAUCUCUUCACUGCUCUCACUGCCAUCCAUUACCAACAAGCCACCUCCGGUCUCCUCCCAAUCCAACAUGGCUCUAGAGGAAGUCAAGAGGAAAGUAGCCAAGCAGGCCAACAGCAUCAGCAUCAAGGAGUUUACCGAUAAAUGCAAGAUGAUUGUGGACAGUAAAGGAGAGUUGCCAGUGGCAAUGCCGCAUGUUUCAGACGAGGAAGAUGAUGGGAAACCUUUUGGAGGAUCAGCGCUUCGGGAGCAAAAAGCCAUCAGCUUCAGCAUCAAUAACACCACAGUCCGUCCAGCUGUACGUAGUGAUGCAGGCAUGGCCAAGGAAUUUCCUGUGUCUUCUGGAUCACAACAUCGCAAAAAGGAGGGCGAGGCUCUAGGUGCCUAUGGAGAAUGGGUUCCGGUUGACAAAGCAGCUGAAAAAGCUGCAGCGGCCACGAGAAAAGCCCUGGCCACUGUUGCCAUAGCAACAGCCACCUCAUCAGGUGAAACGACGACACCAGUGUUACCAGAGGUUGUUGAACAGCUUGAGUUGGAGCCAGAUAAUGACAGUGUUUUCCCUGAACAACUCCUGCAGCCAGUAGAUAUCUCUCAGGCUGUAACGGAGAGAAUCAAAGCACAGAGACGAUUGGCUGAGAACCCUUAUGACGUCAAUGCCAUCUGCAUGCUCAGCCGGGCACAAGAACAGGUAGAUGCGUGGGCCCAAUCCAACACUGUUCCUGGCCUUUUCACUGGUUCAACUGGAGCCCAAAUCCUCAGCUCUGAGGAGCUUUCCACCAGCGGACCACAAGCGUGGCUGAAGAAGUUCCUUAGAGCAGCUCCAGUUUCAGGAGGUGUCGGUGAGUUCCUGAUGAGAAAGAUGGGUUGGAAGACGGGAGAGGGCCUAGGAAGGAACCGCGAGGGUACCGUGGAGCCUAUCAUUAUUGACUUCAAGGUUGACCGCAAAGGACUAGUCGCUGAAGGAGAGAAGCCACAGAAGCAGACAGGAGGACUAGUGGUAACCAAAGAUCUGAUGGGGAAGCACCCGGUGUCAGCGCUCAUCGAGUUGUGUAACAAGAGACGCAUAAUGCAGCCAGACUUUGUCAUGGUCCAUCACAGUGGUCCUGACCACCGCAAGAACUUCCUCUUCAAGGUCACAGUGAAUGGCAUGGACUACCAACCCCAGACAGCUAGUCCCAAUAAGAAACAUGCUAAGGCCAUGGCAGCUACUGUUGCACUGCAGGCUCUGGGAGAGGUUCCGGUGGAUGGACCAGGACUCUACACAGGCCCUGUCUUCACUGCUGCUUCUACUGGGCCCCUGUUCUCUACAUAGACCUCCAUGCAGAACUGGGACUGUAAUACUCUACAGAGUUCAACUCUUUGACCAAACCAUCUCUGCAGAUGUAGGACGGAAAUAAUCCUACUGAAUAACCGCUCAAUUGUUCCCACUCUGAUCACUUAUUAAUACAGUGUACUGAGUAACGAGGUGCUCUGGGUACAGGACAGAGACUGUGUCUUUGUACGGAAGCCCCCUGUGGCCAAAUAGAUACCCAUAAAGUCACGUCUGUUAAAGUCACAAUCCAGACAAGAAAAUCAUUUCUGCCAAAUGUUUAGCAUGGGGGGAAGUCAUAUUAUAAAUGGUAUGUAUAUAUCUAUGUAUGUACGUGUGUAUGAAUGUUUGAUAUAGUAGCAUUUCAGCCUGAUACAUAUUGAUGAUGUAUAUUAGCUGACCAGUGCGUGACUAACCGGUGGGUUUGUUGCUUGCAGCACAGCAAGGCUACGUCUCAUUAGAUGACUGAGUCUCUGAUGGUCCUGAUGUUGCAUUCGGGACUUCUGCCUCCUCUAACAAAGUGUUUCUCAAACGAGGCUUUUAUGAAACUAACGCUCUAAAAUGUGUAAUCUGAAUAAAGAUUGUAUUUAUGUAGUAGA